GUACAGACAACGCGAUAAAAUUAUACUGGUCCCUUCAAGAUUGCCUAUCCAGGACAACAGGCAAUUAACACGCGCAACAAUGUCCGCCUCAAUCCCACGCUUCCUCCUCCCUCGCGGCCCCGCCACCUGGCGCCCGCGUCUCUCCUCGCCCAUCUCCCGCACCAUCCGCGAUGCGUCCACAAAGGCCCCAAAGCCAAAGGCCGCGAAGCCCAAGGCGCCUGCAUCCAAAAUCCCCGUCCUGGAGAAGCCUACACGCUUCAACCCGCCCUCGCACGGCAAGACCCUGCCCAACCGCACAGUGCGAUACCCCGGCCCUGCGCUCAGCGAAUCCGAGAUCGCAGCCCAGAAGACGAAGAAAUACCCUACCAUGAUGCCCCCCGAGGGGACCUUCAUGCACUGGUUCUUGAACAAUCGCAGCAUCCACAUCUACAUCACGCUCGGAGUUCUAUCGUCGCUGGCGGGUUUCACGUUCCUGGUUAGUCUGCGACGGGACUCGAAGUUUGGGGAUCUGCUGCCGGAGCCGAAGGAUGCGAUAUGGCACCCCUUUGCGACGGUGAGGACGGUGGUUGAGGUUUUGAGGCUGGAUGCCGAGGCGAGGAGCGCGGAGACUAAGGAUAGGAGAGCGAGGAGGGUGGAGGAUGUGGCGAAGAGGGGAGAGUACAGGAAGGCGCACGGUCUUGAGACGGAGGGCUUUGGUGGGUGGACUGCUAAGGAGGCACCUCCUGCUGCUGUUCAGGAGGCAAUGGAAGCGGGAGAGGAGGGCUUAGAGCAGCCGAAGAAGAGGCAGGUCAAGAAGUGGCUGGGAAUUUGGUAGGGCGCUGGUAUGAGGGAGUGGAAGGGAUAAAUGGUACGAGCUGGAUUGGAAGCUCAGGCUCCAUAGCAUGGCGGGGAAGGUGGAGUUUGGAUGUACGAUAUAUGUGAGAUUAGGGCCACUAUUUCUGCAGCAGAUGGCGAAGGCAUGUACAAACAAACUACUGUAUCUCAAACUCACCGAUAGAUCUCCCAAGUCACCAUGAUUGGGGUAUUACAUAGCGCAGAUGGGAGCGGAAAUUCCAUUGAAUGCAUUAUUAUUUCCAACUAUUCUGC